UGCCGCUCUCUUUCCCCUCCUCCUUCCUAGUCCUCUUCACCGCUGGGAGGACGGAGCGGGCGGGCCCGCUGAGCGAACACAACAACCCCGAGGAGGGAGUGAGGCGCUGGCUGGCGAGGAGCGGGGCGGGCGGGGGCCACGCAGGCUUUCCCGCCAGGUUGGCCCCCCACCACCCCAGUGCUUUGUCCCAUGAGACAAGGUGUUCCAAUCUUUGGUUUUAUUUGAGCCUGAGAUGGAUAGGAGUCUCUGUUUCAACCAGAAUUUAUGUCACAGGAAGUGUUCAUACUUCUGAAAUGGAAGUUGGAUCUGCAUUUGACAAAGCCAGCCUUUCUUCUGAAACUGUAUCAGUAUUAAAUUGUGAGGAAUAUGUCCUGGUUAAUAAACACACUGAGGACCCAUCUGAAAAAGAUGAAAAAUUGCAAUUGAAGAUGUUUCCAAAUGAAGAUGAACAAAUGGAGAAAGCAAUGAAAGAGAUAUUGACAGAUUCUGAUAAGGGCCAGAAAUGGGAUACUAUUGACUGUGAACAUUUGAGUGGUGAUUGCAGGCAGUCACUUGAAGAUGUUUCUGAUGGUCAGCCCUCUAUGCAGCUUUUAUUUGAUCCUUGCACCACAGAAGUUUUAUUACCAGGACCCUAUUCCCCUACCAUGCCCUCUGAAGAAGACAGUGUGUUAUUUAACAAACUGAUGUAUCUUGGAUAUAUGAAAGUGAUAGCUCCUCGCAGUGAAUUGGAGGCACUGCACGCCAUGGCGGAUCUGAAAAGCUCUAGUCAUUCACCUUCCCCUGUAACUUUAUAUGUUCCAAAUAUCCCCGAUGGAUCUGUUAGAAUAAUAGAUCAGUCCAGUAGUACAGAAAUUGCUUCUUUCCCAAUCUACAAAGUAUUGUUUUGUAUCCGUGGGCAAAAUGGGACUUCGGAAUGUGAUUGCUUUGCAUUUACUGAAAGCUCUUCUGGCACUGAAGAAUUCCAGAUUCAUGUCUUCUCCUGUGAAAUUAAGGAGGCAGUCAGCAGAAUUUUGUAUAGCUUCUCAACAGCAUUCAAACGUUCUUCCAAGCAAGCGUCAGAUCACGUAAAAGAUACAGUUCUCCCAACUCCGGACAGUGAUGUGUUCACUUUCAAUGUUUCUUUGGAAGUCAGAGAAGAUGAUGGUAAAGGAAACUUCAGCCCAGUGCCAAAGGACAGAGAAAAAUUGUUCUUCAAACUAAAGCAGGGAGUUGAGAAGAAAGUUGUGAUCACUGUGCAACAGAUGUCCAACAAAGAAUUAGCCAUUGAAAGGUGUUUUGGGAUGCUUCUAAGUCCAGGAAGAAAUGUCAAAAACAGUGACAUGCAUUUGCUUGAUAUGGAAUGCAUGGGGAAAAGCAGUGAUGGGAAAGCAUAUGUUAUUACUGGAAUAUGGAAUCCUAACGCACCUACCUUUCUGGUCCUGAAUGAAGAAACACCUAAGGAUAAACGUGUGUACAUGACUGUGGCAGUGGAUAUGGUGGUCACAGAAGUGGUAGAGCCUGUUCGUUUUCUUCUGGAGACCCUCGUACGUGUGUAUCCUGCCAACGAACGCUUUUGGUAUUUCAGCAGAAAAAUGUACACAGAAACCUUCUGCAUGAGAUUGAAACAGUGUGAAGGGAAAAGCCACGUAAAUGCUGGAGAUGCCAUUUAUGAAGUUAUAAGCCUGCACCGGGAGUCUGAACGAGAAGAAGAACUAGUCAGCUCAUCAAGUGGUGGUGAUCAGAUAUCUCCGCAAGAGGAUGAUGCUGAAGAGGAGAGUGAUAAUGAACUUUCAAGUGGCACUGGUGAUGUAUCAAAGGACUGCCCUGAGAAGAUCUUGUAUUCCUGGGGAGAGUUGCUGGGAAGAUGGCACAAUAAUCUUAGUGUGCGGCCAAAAGGGCUGUCUUCAUUAGUGAAGAGUGGUGUUCCAGAGGCACUAAGAGCUGAGGUAUGGCAGCUACUGGCUGGAUGUCAUGAUAAUCAGAGCAUGCUGGAAAAAUACAGAAUACUCAUCACAAAGGAUUCUUCCCAGGAGAGUGUCAUUACUCGAGACAUUCACCGUACAUUCCCAGCACAUGACUAUUUUAAAGAUACCGAAGGAGAUGGGCAGGAAUCUCUUUACAAGAUAUGCAAGGCAUAUUCAGUAUACGAUGAAGAAAUUGGUUACUGUCAAGGUCAUUCCUUUCUUGUUGCUGUUCUUCUGCUUCAUAUGCCUGAAGAGCAAGCAUUUUGUGUGUUGGUAAAAAUCAUGUAUGACUAUGGUCUGCGGGACCUAUACAAAAACAACUUAGAAGAUCUUCGAAGCAAAUUUUACCAACUGGAGAGGCUUAUGCAGGAGCAGUUGCCUGAUCUGUAUAGCCAUUUCUUGGAGCUGAACUUGGAAGCUCAUAUGUAUGCGUCCCAGUGGUUUCUCACCCUUUUCACUGCCAAGUUCCCCCUCUGCAUGGUCUUCCACAUAAUUGAUUUACUUCUCUGUGAGGGUCUGAAUGUAAUUUUUAAUGUAGCCCUGGCUCUCCUAAAGACUUCCAAGGAGGAUCUUCUGCAAGCUGAUUUUGAAGGAGCUUUGAAGUUCUUUAGAGUACAGCUGCCCAAAAGGUACCGAGCUGAAGAGAAUGCUAGACGGCUUAUGGAACAGGCCUGCAAUGUAAAGGUCCCCACGAAAAAACUGAAGAAAUAUGAGAGGGAGUAUCAAAUGAUGCGGGAGAACCAACUGCAACAGGAGGACCCUCUGGACAGAUACAAGUUUGUGUGUUUAUAGGUAACUGUUCUACAGUUGAGCUUUUCUGGGAAACUUCAUGGGAUACAGAGAAAAACAGAGAGGUUCUCUACCCCUGACACCCAAAGGAGUGCCUUUUGAUUUAAACAAAGCUGUGGGAGGAAUGCUACCCACAAGCACAUUUUGGAAGGCGAAUGCUUUCAAGGCUGACUGACUGACUGACUUAUUUUUUUCUCUAUGUAAUGCAAAACUUUUGUAAGCUUCGUUAGUGUUUGUGGUUGUUUUGAUCACACAGAGUGUGAGAGAAUAGGAAACUUUAGAUCAAGUGGUUCGUCAUAAUGGUUGCAUAGGCAGGGAUAAAGUGAAAAUCACUAAGGUAAAGCCUUACAUUUUUAUUAUUGCUGCUGUGAAGUAGAGUUACUAAAAGUGUAAGCUAGGUAGUCCCAAAUUCAAACUUCACCUUAGCCAUUAUUCUCAGCCAUUAUUCUCUCCAGUUUGGUUUUCCAUCUGUAAUAUGAGGAUGUUCACACUUGCCUACCUUACAGGGCUGUUGUAAGGAUUCUUGAGACAAUGUAUGUGAAGUGCUCUGAAUACUUGAAAUGUGCCGGUUAAAUGUUAGAUGUUAAGUUUGGAGGCUUGCACUGUUUUAAACUAUUGACUGAUCUAAUAAAAUAUUUUCCCAA